AUGUCACAACCUGGAAUUUUCACCAAAUCAAAUCUGAUUUACAUACCGUUGUCAGUAGCGACCGCUCACACUUUGAAUUUCGUAUGUAAUUCUCCAUUAUCUACAUGGCAAGAAUUUCCUCCAAAAUUACCUACCUCAGUAUAUUCUUCAAUUUAUUUUAUUCCAUUAUUACUGUUUUUAUCACUUUCAUUUGAACCAAUUCAAACGAGUAGACGAUUUUAUACUUUAUUAUCUCUCGCUCUUAUAUUUGUUUCAAUUCCAAUAAGUUUUCGCGGAAAAUAUCCACCUAAACUUCAUAACGUUUUUGUGGCUUAUGGAAUGAUGUUUGGACUAAAAAUGUUAUUGUUCUUAAAAUAUAAUCGGUCAUACUUGAAUCAAGAAGUUUCGGAUCAAAAGAAAGAAUUUAAGUCAUUCCUCUGGAUGAUAUUUAAUUCACGCUUUAACUCUUACAUAGUUCCUCCAAAAAAGGAAAAUUCGAACGAAAAAGAAAAUUCCUUGAUUAUUACAUCACCUACGACUUCACAAAUUAACAAAAAAAUAAUUAAUCGCACUUUAAUUACCUUUAUAAAAUGUCUUAUUCUUAAACUUGUAACGUUUUUUUCAAUUAAAUACACGAUGGUAAUUCCAGAGAAACCAUACCAACUUCGUUUAUUAGAAUUUAUUACAAAAGGAAUCCCUGCGGUUACAAUGCCUUCAAUGUUACAAUACGUAAAUUUCCUUUUAUGUGUUUACCUAAUGGCCUCUGUAUAUAAUUACGAUAUAUGCACUAUUAUUAUUGCAACCUUCUACCGUUUAUUCUUUCAUUCCUCAUCGGAAAAAAUCAAUUAUAAACCUAUUUUAAUUAAAUCUGGUCUUCUCACUCCUUCCGAGUAUGUCUCCCUAAAAGAAUGGAUGAUCACAUUCCUUUUCAAUACAAAACAUUUGUUUAGUGAACCAUGGAUGGCAUCAAGUCCUCGUGAAUUCUGGUCUGUUCGUUGGCAAUUAAUGAUUAAUGAAUCCUUUAAAGAAUUAGGUUUUUUACCUGUUAAGAAUUUAUUCGUUCCAUUCAUUCCAAAGAAAAUCGCAAAUAUGAUGGGCGUGUUAGGUGCACUCGGUGUUAGCGCUUUAAUACAUGAAUACCUUAUCAUUGGUCAAUUUGAUAUUUGGACAGGUGAACACCUCUUUUUCUUUAUGAUCCAUGGUGUAAUAUUCAUCUUGUGGGAGGCUAUUUUUGGUCGUGAAAAUAUUAAUGAGAAUUCAAAAAUUAAAAGGUUCUUAAAAUGGUUCUUGUUGUUGAUUAUUAAUUUGUCUGUUUUGCCAGCAUUCAUUGAACCUUUAAGAAGACGACCAGAGAUAUUUGUAAUUAGUUCAUUUUUUUCUAAAUAUUAUAUCUAA